AACACCACGAUGAGCUUCAGUCCUCUCCUGCAGACAGAUGAUGGUUUAUACCAGUGUGUGGUGGCAGAGGGGGAGCUCCCCAUCCAGUCUGUCAGCUACAAGAUGCAAGUAAACUAUGGGCCGUCUUCAGUGGUGAUCAGUGAGGUCGACAUAGUGACAGUGGGAAAACUGUAUGUUUUCCAGUGCUCAGCCAGCUGCUACCCGACCUGUAAGUUCACCUGGACCUGUGGUAAUGUGACCUCUUGGGGUCCGGAGCUGAGUUUGCAGGUUGGGGAACUACACCCGACACAAAACCUGACCUGCACAGCAGUUAAUCCUGCUACAGGAAUGUCAGUCACCGCCCAGAAGACGCUGCAAGUGACAGCUGGACCAUCAAACGUACAGAUCAGCGGUCCAGCCUUUAUGACUGCAGGGGUUGCGUCCAACUUUACCUGCUCUGCUGACUGCUACCCCUCCUGCAGCUACACCUGGACUGUUGCCUCUGGAGAAGAGAACCUCAGUACCGCAAAGGGCAACACAAUUUCUGUCACUCCACCUCCAGGCACCGUCAUCUCUGAAACGCUCGUCUGUAAAGCUGAGGACACCGUCACACUUCUCUCGUCCUCUUCGAGUCUGCACCUCUGGGUGGCAA